AUGUCUACCAUCUUCGUCUGCGGCGCAACAGGCACCCAAGGCGGCGCCCUAAUCCCCCACCUGCUAUCCAACAACAUAAAAGCCCACGCCAUCGCCCGCGACCCUACCUCACCCCGCGCCCUCGCCCUCAAAGCCGCAGGGGUAUCCAUCUUCCCCGGCUCCUUCGACAAUGCCUCAUCCCUCCGCACCGCUAUGGCCGGCUGCACAGGCCUCUUCCUCAACCUGAUGCCCAGUCUCACCGACUCAACCCAGGAACUGUCGCAAGCGAACCGAAUCCUUGCUAUUGCGAAAGAAGUCGGCGUGCAGCACGCAAUCUACUCUAGCGGACUCAUCCAGGAUCUCGAGAAACGGAAGUACUGGGACCCUAAGAGGCUUGGGUUUGUUGCAAAGCUGCUCCUGGGUAAACGGGAUAUCGAGGACGCUGUCCGUACUGCUGGGUUCAAGCAUUAUACGAUUCUGAGGCCCGGGAAUUUCAUGACUAACUACCUUGCGCCGUUUGUUUACCCUAUGUAUCCUGGGUUAGUGGAAAGGGGUGUCAUUACUACGGCAUUUACGCCAGAGACUGUAAUUCCGACGGUUGAUACGAAUGAUAUUGGACGGUUUGGGGCUGCUGCGUUUCUGGAUCCGGAGCGGUUCCAUGCGAAGGAAAUCGGGAUUGCGUCGGAGAUUCUUGGGUUGGAGGAGAUUUUGAAGAUCCUGUCACAAGCGACAGGCCGUGAGUUAAAGGUGGAAUACAUGACGCAGGAGGAGAUUGAUGCGCAGACUACCACAAACCCGUUCCUUGCUGGGCAGUUGGUGGCGCGCGAUAUGUCGGAGUUUGUGGACAUGGCAGAGGUACGGGCUUGGGAGAUUCCACUUGGGACAUUUGCUGGAUUCCUGGAGAGGGAGAAGGACCUUGUUAAGGAGACGUUUUCUAUUUAG